AUGGCGGGGAAUUCCUUCAUAAGUACGAACAAUAGGAAGAAAGGUGUACCUUUUCCGCCAGCCGCCACUGGCGGCGGGACGGGACGAGCGGAGGAGGUGCGCGGUGCUGUGAAGCCAUGUGGGUUCACGUGCAUCGGUGUGGGCGUCUUAUUGGUCCAUGCGGAGCGCGAGCGCCAUAAGCGGGCGUACGACGCGUGCGAGCGCCGACGCGGGUUAUGUAAUCUUCCGGCAGACGCCGGCACGAACGCGACGCGCUCCCUCCGAGUCCGCCGCGGUGCACCCGCGUCUCCCUCUCUCACACGUCGCCGACGCGCCCCAAGCCUCUUUCGCAUCGCCCAACCCGCAGCCUGCAGCAGCGAACACAUCCCGUCCGUUUUACGCGUUAUUCCAUUUAUGGCGACACCGUCGUCGGUCGCCACCACACCCUCGCCCCAGCUCGCAUAUGCGCAGCCCCAGACACCCGUUACUGACCCCCCAGUCACACCAAACGAUUCCCCCGCCACCGAUGAGGAAGAACGGCAUAGGGCAGUGCAGAAAUUCCUAGCUCGAGCGGAGAUAGGCAAGCUUACCCGCGGCCUGCGAGCCCGACUUGGAUAUGCCACAUUCAAGGCCGUGCAUAAUCUAUCUCAGAACACCUUGCAAGACCUCGAGAACGACCCUCAAACCCCGACGCGCGUGAAUCGGUCAGGCAAUUACUAUAAUAAUCCCGCUACGCAAGGCAAUAGUGCCAUGACGCCCGGCGGCUCUGGGAGAACAAACACGCGUAAGGGUGCAAUGGCACCACCUCCGCCUGUUACUGCCUCCGCUGGACAGAGCCUUUUCUCGUCUAUCUUAGCCCCGCCCCCUGCCAAGCGCGCACGGACUAUUCACAACCCUCAAGAUCCACCCCAACCUGCACCCACUAAACCUAGACCUGCUACACCUCCACGGAAGGGGGGAAAGACCACUUCGCGUGCACCCGAAGCAAGUCAAUCGAAGUCGAAGAGUCGCAAACGAGACAAGGAACGGUCGAAUGGUAAAGAGAAACGGCAGUUGCCCGGGAAAUCAGAAGAUAGUGCUGCCGAUGUUAAUAUUGAUAUUCAAGCGGCAACGACUCUGACCAACUUCUUGCUUUCGACGCGUCAAUCGAUUUCGGUUGGCACGUCUUCUCCUCGCUCUAGUCUCUCAGCAGGCUCCGACUCUGGCUCAACAAAUUCUUUCCGACAUUACGCGCAGAGUUCCACGAGGACUGUUACCGCUGCGACAUCGACGUUAUCCGAAUCCUCUUUGCCAGCAGCCCACUCAAGCACUCCUCCACUAGCAUCCCCCAGCGGAUCAGAUUUACAUCACGCUUUCCCUCAAUCUAGCAGCAUCCGUUCAGAGGGAAGGAGUACGCCUAGAACACGGAAACGAGCUAUGUAUCCCGACUCGAAUACCCCCCAUAUUCCAAGUGACACAGAGGCAGCCGACUCCCUUUUAUUCCUAGCGACGUCUCCAUCUCCAGCGCGUCCCUCGCAUGUCAAAGAUCGGGACAGAGAUGAAUCGGGAUCGUUUCGUGUACUAGGAGGUGGAUCAGGCCUUAAAGGCCGCGUUCUGUUUCCUACCCAUGGGGGUAAUGACGAGACAUCGAGUACAAGCAGUAGAGUUCUCCGCCGAGAAGGUAGCGGUAGCUUUGCUUCUACCCUCUCUGCUGCCUCCUCCAGCGAGUUCAAUCCCGGCGGGAGCUUCCCUCGUAUUUAUGCCAAGCAGGUUAUAAACAAUCGGACGCACAAUACCUCGCCUCAUAUCAGUCCACCUCCUGACCGGCCUGGAGGUGGACUACUGGUGAUUCCUUUAGAACCAACGAUCACCCCACCGACUCCAACAGAGCCCGCCUCGUCUCAGCUCUUACCUGCAGCACCUUCGCCUAUGCGACCUGAACGAUCACACUCGGUACCCCGAUCUCGCGCGCGCUCUCCCCUUGCCAACCCUGUAUCGAUGUUGAAUGCGCCACCCUCGGAAGGGAAGAGGCUCGUGGACGGACCUCCAACACCUGGAAAUGCUUCGUUCAAUCUGAGCGACUUUAUACACGUCUCUCCAUCUCCCGCCGGCGGCGCCGGAUCAUUGUCCAGGUUGGGCGUCAUGGACGUCGACAUUGGCAGGAGACUAUUUGAGGAACACCAUGGCCCCAACGGCGCGGCAGGCCCUGCGGGGAAUUCGAUGAACACGAAUGGCAGCCUUGGCGCAGGGAUUGAUCUCGCGAGAAGUUGA